UUGAUUGUCCUGCUACUACAAAAAGAGUGAACUACAAAAACCGCGCCUCUAUCAAUAGAAAACUUUCAAUAGGGUGGAGCUGGUUUUUAUCGUGGGAGGGGCUCAAAUGCGUGGGCGUGCUGUAUCAAUCAAAAAUAAAAAUGACAGAAAUACAUAAAUACAUAAUAGAAAAUGGCGCUCUUCCACUAACCUGCUCACCAUCACAAGUCACUGCCGUUAAUCGUAACGGCGACACAUGUACACAUGUAUCAGCGAGACAUGGCCAUGUUGGACUGUUAAGAGAGCUCCAUGUGAGGUAUGGGUUGAGUCUCAAAGUAACUAACAAUGAGGGGAAGACACCGUUGCAUGAUGCAGCACAGAACGGACAUAAUGACUGUAUUGAAUAUUUAAUUAGUGAAGGGAACUGCUGUGUAGACACACUUAAAAGAGGAGAUUGGACACCAUUGAUGCUGGCCUGUUCAAAAAAUCAUAUGAAAUCCAUAAAGUUGCUAAUAAGUUUUGGCGCCAGUCUCCAGCUUUGCAAUAAAGAUGGUUGGACUGCAUUUCACAUUACAUCAAGAGAAGGAUCGUCUGAGAUUGUACGCUACCUUUUGAGGACACCAUUGAUGCUGGCCUGUUCAAAAAAUCAUAUGAAAUCCAUAAAGUUGCUAAUAAGUUUUGGCGCCAGUCUCCAGCUUUGCAAUAAAGAUGGUUGGACUGCAUUUCACAUUACAUCAAGAGAAGGAUCGUCUGAGAUUGUACGCUACCUUUUGGAAAUAAAUGGAAAUUGUUGGAAGACAUUAAGCAGUAAUGGAAGGACACCUCUACAUACUGCUGCGUUACAUGGACAUACGGAAAUAGUAAAAAUACUAUGCAUUGAAUGUGGUGCUGAUGUCAAUUCAAAGGAUAGCUGUGGAGUCACACCACUUAUGGACUCCGUGAGAGCUAAUCAUAUUUCAGUCACUAAACUCUUAGUGGAGGAGUUAAUGGCUGAUAUCUUCAUUGAGGAUGUAUUGGGACGUUCUUUGUUGCAUCACGGAGCUCAGGCUGGCUCGGUUGAUGUGCUAUCAUAUCUUUUACAGAGACAAGAUGAGAAGGAGCAAGAGGCUGAACUUCGGGAUAAAUACGAUAUAAAGAAAUGCAUCAAUAAACCAAACAGUGGCAGUGGCAGAAUGACACCACUACACUAUGCUGCUAAAGAAGGACAAGGGAUGGUGAUCAAGCUAUUAUUGAGAUUUGGUGCAGAUAUAAGUGCAAGAGAUAGUCACGGAAGAACAGCAUUAGACAUUGCAAGUAAUGCCAGGAACGGCUCAAAAGCUGUAGAAAUACUUUUGGAACAUAGCACACCUCAUUAAUUAUUCAUAGUUUACUGUUUGAUAUUACUGGUUAUAAUCUUUAAAAUAGAGUAUUUACGGU